AUGGCGCAGUCUCGGGCUAAGGAGGCGUCCCUAGAGAACGUCGGCACCAUCAACAUCUCUACUACCGCUAUCCGCCGUAUGGAUGACUCUGCUCCCGCCAUUGCAGGCUGCAAUACGACCCGGGAUAUCAUCAUUGCCUUCUACCGAGAUCGUGACAACAAAUUUGGGUUUGCCAACUCGACCCAGGUCGCUCUAGGCCUCCGCUUUAUCCGCAACUCCCUUGUUCUCCUUGCGGUUAACCAUACCGGUAAAUACGGCAGUGUCCUACUGUCCCUAUCUCCCCCGGAUCUGUCCACCCCCCUAUAUGGAGCCCAAUAA